AAAUAAAUUUGUAUAGUCCUGUAAAUAACUACCGGUAUGUUACUGAGACUGAGCUCUCCCUCUCUCUCUCUCUCUCUCUCUCUCUCUCUCACCGCUCUCUCUCCCUCUCUCUCUCUCUCUCUCUUUCCCACUCUCUCUCUCACCGCUCUCUCUCCCUCUCUCUCUCUCUCUCUCUCUCUCUCUCUUUCCCACUCUCUCUCUCUCUCUCUCUCUCUCUCUUUCUCUCUCUCGCUCACUCUGCACACUCGGUUAACUCAGUUCUCUCUCACCGCGUCACCGGUAGAGUCGGUCCCUUAUAGCCUUUCUGCUGCUCAGAGAUUCGACGUCUUGGCUGCAUUUUUGCGGGAGAAUAAGUGCGUGUUACAUCUUUAUCAAGCGAUAGAUUAAAUUGUUGUGUAUUGUAAGAGUUGAGAGGACAGGAAACAUCAAUAGCAUUUAUUUUGUGCAAAUAAGAUAACGGCGGUGCUUAUUAUAGCCCUUAAUGGUUAUUAUCGCGCUGUGCUUCGAUUAAACAGUACGUGAAUUAGUUGAGCACAAGAAACAUCAAAAGCAUUUCUUUUAUGUAAAUAAGGAAAAUAUCCAGCCCAGCACGUUUCCUAGAAUCGGCGUAGACGUUGUUUUCGUGAGAAAGAAGGGGAGCGGUAGAGGUCAGUGUGGUAAGGCGAUUCGCGCCGCGACCGGCGCUGCAACGCCACAUUCUCCCUCUCUCGCUCGCUCCUUGAUCACUUGUUCACUUAAAUCGUACAGUGGAUCUUUGGCAUCAUACAUAGUAUUUAUGCAUAACAAUGCUUCUGAAAGGUGGCUUCAGUAUAGAAUCCUUCUUAAGGUAGUUCUACCGGUAGGUAGCUAGUCAAAACAAAGUCGACUUUUUAUUUCUUAAAUUUGUGGGAUAUAAUUAAUAAUAGAGAUUGCAUAAGUCAAGAUACAACAAAUAAUGAUUUUACAUUCACAUUAGGCGAUUCUACUUAUCAUAAUUAUAAAUAAAAAGUUUCAGACAGAAGCUGAUUUGACUUAUUUUUUUGAGGUUAAGUGUACAUUUUUGAACUUUUAUUUGUUUAUCGCUACGCUUACAGGCUCCAAACCAUUUUUUACAACUACUCAAAUUAUUCUUUAGUUGUUUAACUAACGUUCUACAAAAUUUGAGUUAAUUCUGAACCGUCACUUUUAUACAAAUAGGACUUAAAGCAAAAUGUACGGAUUUGUGCAACUUUAAAUGAUUAUAACUUUUUUUAAGGCUCCAAAUCUUUACCAAAAUUUAACCACGUGUUUUUUAUAGUAAAAUCUACCUGCACACCAAAUUUCAUCAAAUUCUGAACCGUGGAUCUUUUACCGGUAGAACUCCCUUAAAAGAAUUGAUUGCUUCAUCUUGUACGACCUUUAUUCGUCGUCUGAUUACUCGGUUAAAAGAAAGCACCUUUGAAUUUGCAUUUUGUUUUAAAAGAAUAAGUUAAGCUACAAUUCUCUUUUUUAAUAUUUGUAAUAAUUGCAUUUUUAAGAUGAUUCCUGAUUAUAUUUCAGUCUAUACUAAUAUAUAGAAUCCUCCAAGUUCUACUCGCUUCUUGCCUUUACUGCAUGUGUAAUAUAACAUAUAGAACUUGUCUGUUCGAUAACGCGCGCUGUCACGUAUUGUAUAAAAUAAUAAUUUCAAAAGCAUCUAGAAAAAUAAAUCCAUUUUCUGCUCGUUCACUAGGAGAUGUAGCUCUUGGAUUCGUUAAUGAGAAGAAUGAGAUUCAUUGUGGUAAUAAUUAUUAUAUGGACAAAGUUAAAUAUGACGAAGAAGUCAAUAAAGCCUGCGCAGCUAAACCUAAAGAUCAGUAUUGCAAAUUUGUUAAAAAUGUCACCAGCACUAUCGUGGGUUUAGAAGCACUAAAGAAUUGUAGCGUAACAGGACGUAAAUGUAACAGAUUACCGAAUACUACACCAAAACAAAAAAUUGAUCCUGACAAAUUAUCUACAGUUUAUGGAAUAUUUGAAUACUUUUUAACAAAUGUUAAAAAGGUUGAUCCUAUUGAAAUUGAAAUAGCGCAAACCAAAGUGGGAUAAUACAUCGCGUCGAAAUAUGCUGAUUUGAAUAGAAAACGUAGAACUACAAAGGAAAAUAAAAAUACUAAAAGAACCCAAGAAGCAGGCGAGGGUAGUGAAAUAAGUGAACAUUCUGAGGAUGAGAACCCUCAAAACAAAGACCUUAUGGAUGAAGAUGUUGGAAAUUCCGAUGAAAGUUCUGAGGAGGAUGAUGAUAAAUCAGAAAAGCAUACUGAUAACGAGGAUGAAGAAGAUGCAGAAGCUAAAAAUUCUGAGGAUGAGGAUGAAUCAGAAGAUAACGAUGAGAACAAUGAUGGCAAUGAUGGCAGUGAAAAAUCACAGGAGGAAUAAUACUUUUUAAUACAAAGAUUUUAAUUAUAACUCUUGUUCAGUUUGUGAAAAUAUAAGAUAUGUUAAGGUUAAUGUAAAAUACAAACGAUACAUAUUACUGUAUUAUAUGUAACUAUACAUAUGAAGAUAUGUAAAUUAUAUUACAAUAUAUAAAAUGUCUUUAAAACCUGGAAAAAGUCACAAAGUACGUUCUGCUGCGUCGAAAUCCCAGUGAUUUUCGACGUUGCUACCACAAACCGUUCGUUUAUUCUAUUUCUCGCUGUAUGUAUAGCAACUAUUUUGCGUUGACAACGUCAAAAAUCAAUAGACAUUUCGACUUUCAGGAAACAAAAAAUCCUACAAAAUUAAAUGUAGCUUCUAUCACGAAAUGUGCAAAACGUAUCAUUACGUUUUUAUAGUAUUGCCAGUUAAAAAUCUAUAAAAACUGAAAAUGCAAUAAAAUUGUGAAAAACCUUGA